AUGACAGGUUACCUUACGUCUUUGCAGCAGGGGUCCUUCGUGAUAAUGCCUGCUAGCAGCGACGUACGCAGUCUGUUGUGGUAGAAUGAGCCUAGAGGAUGACAGGCACGAUUUGAUGAGAGCAACUUCUGAGUCCGUGCACCAUCUCUCCCACUCUGUUGGAUAGAUCUUUCUUCAUCCACCUUCUGGAACAGCCCUUUUUUGACACUUUAUCACACCACUUCCACCUCUUCCCUGAACCUGCCAUAUCAUUUGCAAACACCUCAAAUAAACCAUAACAGCCCAACAUAGAGCUCCUGCCAAAGCUCUUCUAACUUCAGGAAGACAAAAUGUAUUGUCUUCAGUGGCUACUCCCUGUGCUGCUCAUACCCAAACCACUCAACCCAGCAUUGUGGUUCAACCACUCCAUGUUUAUGGGCUUCUACCUGCUCAGCUUCCUGCUGGAGAGGAAACCCUGUACCAUCUGUGCCUUGGUCUUCCUGGCUGCUCUUUUCCUUAUCUGCUACAGUUGUUGGGGCAACUGUUUCCUAUACCACUGCCAGGAUGCCUCACUGCCGGAUGCUGCCCACGACCCAGCAAUUGUCGGGACCUAGGAGGGAAAAGUUGAGGGAAGAGAUAAAGGGGGAUGGUGAGCUGUGGCGAAGGAUUGAAUAUAACAUUGCUGGGAAUGACUGUGGAGUGAUACUGCCAUGUGAUAAAGGCGGAGAUGAACUACACUUGUGGGAAUGCGUAUGUGGCAUCCAAUGACUGCUGGAAUGAGUUCAGGGAGUUCUUAUACCAUUUUGCAGGAUGCUAACAGGGGCUGGUAAUGGUGGUUUGAUUGUCAUGCUGUAAAAAAAUAAAAUAAACAAAAGACUUGUAUUUGAAGUGAGAGAAGUAAUGCCACAUACAAGGGAGGGGGACGUAAAGGAUGUGUUGGCCUGCCGAAAGAAAGUUAAACAUUUUUAGCUGUUUCUUCCCAACCUUUGAAUGACAACUGGACAGUAUAAAACCUAACUGUUUGGACAUGAACGGGUGACUACGACUGUCAAGUGAUUGCUGUGUUUUAAGUUGAAGUAUUAUCCUGUGAUUCUUUUUCUACCCCAUACUUUACAAGACUCCACUUUUAUUAGAAACACUCAACCUCAGACUGCCAAAGCCCCACCCACACUGAAACUUGGCAGAUGGAGCUUGAAUGAGUCCCAAUGUUAUAAACACACUCUGAGAGCACACCAAAACACUGGACAAUCAAUGACCAUGCUGUGAACCAUGCUGCAGUGCAGCCCGCUCUCACUCUCUCUCUGUCACACACACCUCAUAGUGUGUAAUAUUGCUGAGUAACUGUCCCGUUAUUACCCUGCGUGCUCUGCAGCUGCGCAUGCCUCUCGUCUCCUUCAUGUUGCCUCAGAAACAACAUUGUUUAAGACUUAUGAUGUGAUUUUUUUUUUUAAAUCACACAUGGGUUGACCUUAGUUUUUACCUUUCAUACAGUAAGUUCACAUUCAGAUUUUAGUAGAUUCAGAAAAAUGCUGAAAGUUUCCAAAGGAUAUAAAAUAAUUGUGUGUGUGUUUCUGUGAAAGAGUUGGUUGAGUGGAAGAUCUGUCUAAUGUGAGAUGAUUGUGAUCAGAACUUGGAGAUUCUUGUAAAACAAAGGGUGAUUCUUUUGGAAACAAGCAGUGUGUGGGGGUGGAGGGUCAGUAUUUUUUGCAACAAAGAGCAAUAUAGGGCAGAGCAAGGUCUGAAUAGUUCCAACUUUUCUCUGUUCUUCAGAUGUGCAGAAGAUGUUCUAUCACUGCUGUAAGUGUUAUGUAAAGCUGUCAGUCACAGGUAAGGUGUUCACACUGUCUACCUACUCGGGUGUGUCUGACUUUCUGUAUCUGCACAGAAUGUGUUCCCUGCUUCAUAAUUGCUUUGGUUUUAAUUUAAAUAAAGAUUUUUUCCCCUCACUU